UAAUGAGCUCUUCAAUUCCCCGAUCCUUCACGCGUAAAGUCUUGCUGCAAAGAUCUACGGUAAAAUGGUGUAGGUUUUCAGGCCUAGGCUAGGCAUUCGUUGCAUAUUGUUCACCAGCAUGGCUUCCAGUAACAUCGUUAAUGAACAACCUACAUGCAGAACAAUUGGUGUCAUUCAGGGUUUACCAGGUCGCAAAAAUGUAGUGAUAUCGCCUGCUGUGAAUUGGACAGGCAUUGAACGCGAUAGUCACGUUGUUUAUUUCCCAGGGGAUGUUCAGGGUUUUGCUCAAGAAAUGGCUCUGCAUAGAGUGGGGAAGAAAUGGGUGAAAUGGAGUUUUGAAAACACAGCCACAAUCCUUCAGGAACGCUUUCCAACUUCCUGGAUCUGGAUCAUUGGCCCUCAUAGGUUUCAUGAAUCACUUUUCAGUUGCUAUGACAAUUUUGUUGAAUGUAACAUUAUCGGUUCUCCGAUUGACUUCCAAUACAGAGACUCAACCAAACACCUCCAGCUACUAUUACAAGGAGCAUGUAGAAGUCUUGAGAAUAUUUUGACUACCAAUAUCAAAGAAGGAACUAAGAAAGUACAGGUUUUUACUCAUUAUGAUGAUUGCAAGAAAUCAGUUGAUGAAAAUAUGCACAAGGAGACAUUAGUUAACCCUUAUUUACCAUUAAAACUUGUCGGGUUUAGUAAAGGUUGUGUGGUCUUGAAUCAAAUUGUGUCUGAAAUGAAACAAACACAGGAAGCCAAUACAGAACUGAAGAGCUUUGUGGAGCAAAUAUGUGCAAUCUAUUGGCUUGAUGGAGGACAUUCUGGAGAGGAAAGCACAUGGGUAACAGAUCGAGAAGUUUUAGAAGUAUUGGCUAAAACAGGGAUCAGUAUCCACGCCCAUGUUACGCCAUAUCAGGUUGAUGAUGUCGCCAGGCCUUGGAUUGCAGAAGAACACAAAAUAUUUCUGGAAGUUUUGAAGGAACUUGAAGGCAAUGUUACUGAAAAGCUUCAUUUUGAAACAGAGGAAAGAUCACUUGGUAUUCAUUUUAAACUCUUGAAACAUUUUUGAUAUUUGUCUUUUUUAGGAUACAG